AUGUUCGACGCCGCGGAAAAGCUUAAGUCCGUAAGUUUUGCUUUUAAUGCCGAUAAUAACUUUACGGACCGCAAAAAGCAUUACGUUUGGGCGUUUAACUUUACGGGCAAAGUAAAGGCUGGUAAAAGUAAAGGUUUUAACGUAAAAAUAUUUAUAAGCAAUAUAAAAUUGCAUGGAAAGUGGUAA